UCUUACCAGCUGUGUUGCGAAGAGGUGGUGCAGCCUCGUGGGUCAACGGUUGAACACCGCCGUGAAAAACAUUUACUUAGAUAAAAGAAACGAACGAUGUUAGUUGUUUUAUUCCUCGCUCUGGUGGAGGUUCUCGAGCGGGUUCGUUGUUUAUAGAAGAAGUCUUUCGUUUGGUUGACGACUUGAUCAUUGGUGUUUUAAGUCAUGUGUACAAUGUAUUUAAAAAAAUAAUCGGAACACUACAAAUCGAGUUCACAAAAGACUGAUUGUGAAACUAUGCAGUGCGUGUGCGAGCUGCGCGGAGACCAGUGCUUUUCGAUUGCCAUCACGCGCUACACGAUAGUAUCCAAAAGUGGCUGAUGCGUGGUGCGGUAAUAGCAGAAGAGCUUACCACGAAUGGAAUCUGGAAAGUUUCAAUAUUAGCGAUCUAUUCGGUAGCUUUGCGGUCGUAUGGAUUUGAGUUUACUAACUCAUACUACAAGAAGGAUAAAGCUAAUGACAGGAAAAUCAAUAUAGUGAGUGUUGUGCAGCUGUCUGCAGGGAACUAGUUUUUUUUCUCCCCGAUCGAUCAUUGUAUUAGUGGCGAAAAACAAAAGAGCGUGCAUCUGGAGCUGACUUCAUCGAUUAGAGACAACCACAACUAGAGGGAAUUUGAAAACUGGUUCAAGAAAGUUCACUCCUAGUGCAAGUGUACAGUUGAAAAUACGCCCGAGAAAACUGUUAAAAUGUUGCCAACGAAAGGGAAACCGUUCUCGUUUGAUCGAACCGAUCCAAAUCCAUCCCGGAAUAAGUCAUCGGUGUGGACUACGAUUCUGGAGGUUAUAGUGUUUCUGCUUACAUCGUUGGGAUACAUCUUACAGGCCAUUUACUACCAAAUUUUUGGUGUACCGAAAAAGAACCUGAACGGUGAAAUAGCACUUGUGACGGGGGGUGGAGGAGGACUUGGACGAUUGCUGGCUCUACGAUUGAUAAAGCUCGGUGCGAAGGUGGUACUGUGGGACAUCAAUCAAGAAGGACUCGACGAAUCAGUGAAGCUCAUUCAGUCACUUGGAGGACUAUGCCGAGGAUACAAGGUUGACAUAUCGAAUAAGGAAGAGGUCUAUAAAUUUGCAAAAAUUUUAACGGAAGAUGUUGGUGAUGUUACAUUACUUUUCAACAACGCUGGAGUAGUAUCAGGUCGAGCUUUGUUAGAUACCCCAGAUCAUCUUAUAGAACGUUCCUUCAAUGUGAACAUUAUCGCACACUUCUGGACGACCAAAGCUUUCUUGCCAGCAAUGCUGAAACACGACCACGGACAUAUCAUAACAAUAGCAUCUCUGGCCGGUCAUGUUGGUAUUUCGAAGCUGGUGGAUUAUUGUUCCAGUAAGUUUGCUGCGGUUGGUUUUGAUGAAGCAUUACGAUUGGAACUUGAACACAUUGGAGCGCAGGGUGUGUUUACGACUGUUAUUUGCCCAUAUUUCAUCCAGUCAACAGGAAUGUUUGAUGAUGUUAAUUCUAGGUGGGUCCCAACACUGGAUUCAAAUGAUGUGGCCGAUAAAAUAAUUGAAGGCGUACAGAGAAAUGAUAAAUACGUAAUUAUUCCAGGAUACUUACGACUUAUGUUAGCAAUAAAAUGGGUAUUUCCUUGGGGCUGUAAUUCAGGAUUUUUACGACGACUGGUUCCGGAUGCUGCUCCACAACAUACCAUGAAUCCUGUGAGCAGCCUGGAUUGUGAUGACCUUUCCGACACGGAUGGUCCCCUCUCUACUGAUAAUAAUAACACGACAAAAGCUUCUCCAUUAGUGGUCCAUCGUUCAUUGUGCACCGGAGAGCGUGUAUUGUAGUGUUUUCUGCAAUUGUUGCACAAGUAGAGAACCUUUCAAUACUCUUUCUUAUGUGGCAGCCACUUACAGAAAUGUAAUUUUAACAAUUAAGUAAGGAGCAUUAGGCUUAUAAUGUAAGCGGUACAAUGUCUUGUGUGGAGGUGAAAAUUAUUUGUUGGUGUUGAUUUAAACCAUCGUUAUUACUUCAGUGUCAUUAAUUGUGAUUGAAUAGAUAGCUUACGCUAGAAGUGGCGCUACAAAUCCAAAACUUUUUGCCAGUGCUCUCAAGGGACCAGACCUGUGAAGGGGACUAAUGCAUGUAAUAAAUGGUACAUAAAAUAUGAACAACAAUUUCGUUGGUGUUGCACCAAACAAACAUUUUUUUGAUUUUACAUUUUUGUUUUAGUUAGAUAGAGCAUGAAUAGCCUAUCAAUGUGAUAUUUCUCGAAACAUGUUUAGCUGUUAUAUUUCAUUUAUUUUUGAAAGAACGUUAAUUUAUGAUCUUAAUGUCUACACUGUUCUCUAUAACAUAAAUGGAGGGCUCCGAAGCUCCCUUCUGAACACCCAUUUUUUUAGUGGGGUAAAAAACUAAUAUCUCUCUGCUCUAAAAAAAAAGGCAUAAUUUCAAGGAUUACAUAUUUUAGCUCAAUAGGAAGGGGAAGGUGUAGAAAGGAUGUAAAAGGUACGUAAUAACUUCUUCAGGAUGUUUUAAAGUUCAUUGACAUAUUGGAUCGGUUAACCACUUAAGUUACAAUUAUAAAUCCCUAAAUUGUAAUUCGGUAGAGAUGUAGAUAUUGACGCACCAAUAAAACGAAACCAAUGAUAGUAAUUAU